UGUGUUUGAUCUACCAUUUUUUCGAUUUUUAUUAAAUUUAUCAAAGUGUGAUUACGUCAAUCGUAUUUGCACUUAUAUGGUUUCUACGGUUAUAUAAAAAUUAAUCGAAUUACUAAAUACGUGAAAAUAUGAUAUCAUGUUUCAGAACUUUAAAGUUAGGUGUUUAUAAUAUGCUUCAUAAAGGUCCACGUCCAUUAGUUUUGUGUGGUCCUUCAGGAAGUGGAAAAAGUACAUUAAUAAAAAAGCUUUUUGAAGAAUUUCCAGAUACUUUUGGUUAUUCUGUAUCUCAUACCACUAGAGCCCCUAGACCAGGCGAGGAAGAUGGGAAACAUUAUCAUUUUACUACUAAAGAAAAAAUGCAAAAACAGAUAGAACAAGAUGAAUUUAUUGAAACUGCCAUAUUUAGUGGAAAUAUGUAUGGCACUAGUAAACGUGCAGUAGAAAAAGUACAGCAAAUGGGAAAAAUUUGUGUAUUAGAUAUUGAAAUACAAGGAGUAGAGCAAGUAAAACGAAGUUCUUUAGAUCCCUUGUAUAUAUUUAUUAAACCACCAUCUAUAGAAGAAUUAGAGAAAAGAUUAAGAGCUAGAAAAACAGAAACAGAAGAUGUUUUGAAACAAAGAUUGUCUAUUGCUAAAGUAGAAAUGGAAUAUGGUGAAAAAACUGGUAAUUUUGACAUAGUGAUUGAAAACGAUAAUUUUUCAAAGGCAUAUAAUAUAUUAAGAGAAUUUGUGAUGUCAAAUUUGAAGCAAGGAUAAACAGGAUAUUAAAUUUAUGCUUCUUAAAGAUAUAUUUUUCUUUGAAAUUAAAUUAUAAUUAUUUUUAUAUAUAUAUUUCUAUGUAAAUUCAUCUAAUCACGUAAUAAUAAUUAAUUAAUACGUGAUAAAAUGCAUAAACUCAUGUUCAAAGAUCAAAUUAGUAGAUUGAAAAAUAAAUAUAGGUAAAUAAUUUUAUACAAUAAUAAGUUGAUUUUAAUAUUGAAAGAGUAAUUAUAGCAGGAAGCUUCAAGUUUGUUAUAUGCAUAGCAUUAAUAUAAAAUUAAUAUCAUUUAAUUUUAAAAAUAUGAUAUCAUUAAAUUUUAAGAAUAAAAAUUUAUAGCUGGGAAUAAAACUACAAAUAAGGAAAUAAGGACAAAAUGUUUAUAUUUCAAAUUUUUUUGAACUUGGUAAUUAAAGAA